AUGAAGGUGCUGCUGAUUUCUACAUUUCUAGUUACGCUCUCAGUUUUGGACACUCCGGAGCCAAGUUUUGUAAAAACCGCACAUGAAUGUGCCAAGAGGAAUAAAAUUACUCAUAAUGAAGCCAUUGGUGUUAUGAUGAGUUACAAAGAAAAGAAAAAUCCUCACAAUGUCAAGUGCUUUAUAAAUUGUAUCUUCCAGCGAUCAGCUAUUUUGGAUGUUUUAAGGAAAAGGUUCAAGGGAGAAAAACACAACUGCAACUCCAUCAAGGAUGCCAAUAAGUGCGAAGAGUCCUCUCAGAAAUUCGAUUGCUUCCUUAAAACCGAAAAGAAACUUAGGAAGAAACUCAGACAACACACAAACAAAAAACUUGGUUAACCAAAAAUAUUG